AUCAGCCCACAGAAGCAAUGGCUUUUUGUAUUGAACGUCAACUGAUGCUGUGUGGCAUUAUAAUGCUGCUAUAUCUGACAAAGUCCAGUUUGGCCAGACCGCAGAUCCUCGCAGUGAACUUGGAAGAGGGCUAUGACAAUGGCGACACUGGUAAUGGGGAGAACAAAAGUGAGGAAGAUGAUUCGUCCUCUGAGGAAACGGUUGAGGACUCAGACGAGCCACCAUCCCGUCGACGUCGAUCUGCAGAAACAAGCACAUCAAGUCGAGCUGGAAUACCAGGACUGCCAGAUCCGUCAACAAUUAUAAAAAUUGCGGAGCUCUUUCAAAGCGUUGGCGAAAAAAUUGUUCCCAUUAUUCUCGAAGCUGUUCUCCCAGCCAACGAUUUAGCGGGCGAGCGAAUUUCCCGAGAUCUCAUGAUCCUCAAGAACUACAAGCAAAAUCUACAAUCUACAAUCUCGAAUGAGUUGCAAGCCAAUUGAGUUUAAAACAGUCUUUAAAAGCGGUCCCUCAGAGGGUACAUUUUUUAAUUCUGUAUAAAUGUAUGUGCAUAUACAUAUCAAAUAAAUACAUACAUGCUCCAGAAA